AUGAAAGGCAGAAAGUUGCUGCCUUUUGGUGUGCGAACCAUCACAACCUUAGGAGCCAAGAAUCCGCCGUCAGCCGCUAGGUUGCAGGUGGAGUCGUACUGUGAACCCUACCCUCACGAGGUUGUCUAUUUCCUAAACAAGAAAGUUGAUAGCUUGAUAAAAUCCGGGCAGUUUGUGGUUGCUCAGGAGGUGUUCGAUGAAAUGCCUAUACGAGAUGUUGUCUCUUACAAUUUGCUGAUUUCUGGGCAUCGUAAAUACGGUGUCCUACAGCAUGCUUUGUGGCUCUACCACGAGAUGGUUUCUCACUGUAUCAGAGAGAGUGAAUCGACUGUUUGCUCUGUGUUGAGUAUAUGUAGCGAUGAUGAGAAGUUUUUCUGGGAAGGGAUUCAGGUCCACUGUAGGGUGGUUAAGCUUGGGUUCGGUUGUAAUGUGUUUGUUGGGAGUUCACUGGUUGGUCUUUACAUGAAUGUAGGACUUGAGAAUCUAGCUUUAGGUUUGUUUGAUGAAUUGCCUGUGAGAAACUUAGCCACAUGGAAUUUGGUUUUGCGUGGGAUUUCUGAACUGGGUCGAUGUGAUGAGUUGUUGUUGAAACUGCAUAAUAGGAUGAGGCUGGAAGGGGUGGAGGGAAAUGGGGUUACUUUUUGCUAUUUGAUUCGUGGAUGUUGUGACGAGAGGUUUUCCAACGAAGGGAAAAAGCUGCAUUGCCAUGUGGUCAAGGCUGGAUGGGAAGAAUCAAACAUUUUCGUAGCUAAUGCUUUGGUGGAUUUUUACUCAGCUUGUAGACUUUUCUCUGAUGCCAAGAGAUCUUUCAAAACUAUUCAAGCUCAAGAUGUUUUGUCAUGGAAUUCAAUGUUGGCAGCUUUUGUAAAUGAGGGAUCAGUGCUUGAAGCCGUUGAACUGUUUCAUACAAUGCAAUUUUAUGGGAAGAGGCCAUCCAUUCGGUCCUUCGUUGGGUUCUUGAAUUUUUCCAGCAAAACUACAGAUAUUCUGCUUGGGAAGCAAAUUCAUUCCUGGGUCUUUAAAGUCGGGUUUCUUGUGGGGAGUUGCCAUGUUCAAUCUGCGUUGAUUGAUAUGUAUGGGAAAUGCAGGGAUAUUGAGAGUUCAGUGUCUGUUUAUGGAUAUGUCUCUGAUAAAACUUUGGAGUGUUGCAACACAUUGAUGAUCUCUUUACUCCACUGUGGCAUUGUCGAGGAUGCUUGUGAGAUGUUUGGUUUAAUGGUUGAUGAAGGAACUGGUCUGGAUGAGGUUACAUUUUCUACGGUGCUGAAAGCUUUAUCACAGUCUGGUUUCUCGUGCUUGGCCAGCUGCAGUUUGGUGCACUGUUGUGCCUUAAAACUAGGUUUCCAAACUGAUGUUGCCGUUUCUUCCUCCUUGAUUGAUGCAUACUCGAGGUCCGGUUGCAUUGAACUCUCACGAAAGGUGUUUGAACAACUUCCCUCGCCGAAUGUCAUCUGUUGCACUGCGAUGAUAAGUGGAUAUGCUCAUAAUGGAAUGGGAACGGAGGGGCUAGAGAUGCUUAAAGAGAUGAUGUUGAAAGGACUGACACCUGAUAAAGUAACCUUCUUAUGUGCCUUAACUGGAUGCAGCCACUCUGGAUUGGUUGAAGAAGGUAGAAUGGCUUUUGAUGUGAUGAAACUUCUGUAUGGGAUAUCUCCUGAUAGAGGGCACUUCUCCUGUAUGGUGGAUCUAUUGGGGCGUGCUGGUAGGUUGAAUGAAGCGGAGGAGUUGCUGCAACAGGCUCCUGGAAUUGGUGAUUGUGUGAUGUGGAGUUCAUUGCUGCAAAGCUGCAGGAAUCAUAAGAACGAAAUGGUGGGAAGAAGGGCGGCAAAGGUCUUGUUGGAUCUUGAACCAAGGGAUUUUGCUGUCUAUUUGCAGGUAUCAAACUACUAUGCUUACAUUGGGGAAUAUGAUUUGUCAAUGGAGAUAAGAGAAACUGGUAUACGAAGGACGAUGACAAGGCGGAUUACUGGUCGCAGUUUUGUUGAGGUCAAUAGCUGUCGACAAGAUGAAUAA